AGCAAAACAAGAAGCAGAGAAGAAGGAGGAGGAGGAGGAGGAAAUAUGCCAACAGUGUGGUUUUCUUUGAAGAGGUCUUUACACUGCAAAUCAGAGCCAUCAGAUGUUCAUGACCCAAAAGCAAGGAAGCAUUUGAGCACAAUCUUGACAAGAAAAGCAGGAAGGUCAGGUUGUUCAAGGUCUAUAGCCAACCUCAAAGAUGUUAUUCAUGGGAGCAAGAGACAUCUAGACAAGCCGCCUAGUUGCAGCCCAAGAUCCAUAGGGAGCAGUGAGUUCCUCAACCCCAUAACUCAUGAGGUUAUUCUCAGCAACUCAAGGUGUGAGCUUAAAAUCACUGGCUAUGGCGGUUUCCAAGAUGGGUCUGUCAAUGGCGGUGGUGGGAAUGGUGCAGGUAGUUGUGGAAGUGGAGGGUCAACUUUUGUGGGUACAUUAAGGCCAGGGACUCCGGGGCCUGGAGGACAACCUACAAUGCAUUAUUUUAACCCUUCCUUUAGGCCAUCUUCUGCAACUCCACCAAGAAAAUCUCCUUCUCUUCUAUUCGAAAGAGAAGGUUCUGGUUUUGGAGGAUCUGGGGCUUUUGGUGGUGUUCAUUCAAGCAAUAGAGUCUCUUUACAACAAGAUUCUAAUGGGUCUUCUACUGUGACCUGCCAUAAAUGUGGAGAGCAGUUUAGCAAAUGGGAGGCUGCUGAAAUUCAUCAUCUCUCUAAGCAUGCUGUAACUGAACUUGUGGAGGGUGACUCGUCUAGAAAGAUUGUGGAAAUUAUUUGCAGAACAAGUUGGUCAAAGUCUGAGAAUCAGUGUGGCAGGAUUGAGAGAGUGUUGAAAGUUCACAACAUGCAAAAAACUCUAGCUCGAUUUGAGGAAUACAGGGAAAUGGUGAAGAUCAAAGCCAGCAAACUCCCCAAGAAACAUCCCAGGUGUAUUGCGGAUGGGAAUGAACUCUUGAGGUUCUAUGGCACAACUGUGUCAUGCUCUCUUGGCCUAAAUGGUUCCUCAAGUCUCUGCAUUUCUGAAAAAUGUUGUGUCUGCCGGAUCAUUAGAAAUGGAUUCUCCACCAAGAAGGAGCUAAAGGAAGGCAUUGGAGUAUUCACAACAUCUACGAGUGGAAGAGCUUUUGAAUCCAUUGAAAUUUUUGAAGACAAUCCAUCUGUAAGAAAGGCAUUGAUAGUAUGCAGAGUUAUUGCUGGGAGGGUUCACAGGCCUCUGGAGAAUAUACAAGAAAUGGCUGGUCAAACUGGGUUUGAUUCUCUGGCUGGUAAAGUUGGUCUCUAUUCAAAUAUUGAGGAGCUUUACCUUCUCAAUCCUAGAGCCCUCCUUCCUUGCUUUGUGGUAAUCUGCAAACCUUGAAGAAUUAAUGUGAAAAUUUUAGAUUUAUAUUUUCGUGGGAAUUCUUUUCCUUCUGUGGUAGAUUCUUUCUUCUGUGAGGAGAAUUCUUAUCCAAGUCCAUGUUUUUUGUUGUCACUUCCCUAUAUAUCUGAUUUUGUGCAUUUUUUUUUUUUAAAUUCCAUCCUCUUCUCCAACUUGAAGGCUUUUGUUGUUGAUAAGAACAUUUGUAAGGAUCUGUAUAUUUUGUUGGCUGUAUUGGAAACCAUACAUUUCUUGUGACGAA